GCUCUAUCAGCUACCGUCACGUCCUUCAGCCACUGUCAUGACGCAAAGAACCCGGAAGACGUGUGUUAGCUUUCAAUGCCAGCGACAGAGAAGAGGCACGGAGAGCUAAAACCCCGCAUUUAAGACAAGAUGACAGGACUGCCGCGCAGGAUCAUUAAGGAAACUCAGCGUUUACUUGCAGAGCCUGUCCCGGGCAUCAAGGCAGAUCCAGAUGAAGGCAACGCCCGCUACUUUCAUGUGGUCAUUGCUGGACCUCAGGACUCACCUUUUGAGGGGGGCACAUUUAAACUUGAACUGUUUUUACCAGAGGAAUAUCCCAUGGCAGCUCCUAAAGUACGUUUCAUGACCAAAAUAUAUCAUCCCAAUGUAGACAAGUUGGGAAGAAUAUGUCUAGACAUUUUGAAAGAUAAAUGGUCGCCGGCUCUGCAAAUUCGUACAGUGCUGCUAUCAAUCCAGGCGUUACUAAGUGCCCCCAACCCUGAUGAUCCCCUAGCAAAUGAUGUUGCAGAGAAGUGGAAGUCCAAUGAAGCUGAAGCUAUAGAAACAGCCAAGUCAUGGACCAGGCUUUAUGCCGGAAACAAAAAUGAAGUGUAGCACAGCCUAACAAGUGGAUGUCAAGUGUGAACACAACUCCUCACGUUCUGCCAAGACCUCUUCCAACUUCAUUUGCAUUUAAAGGACACAGUCUUAAAUAUAUACAUACAUAUAUAUAUAUAUUCUAUAAUAAACGUGAAUAUAUUGUAAAGGAAAAAACAACUGCUGACAACUGGUAAUUUAAAUGCACAUUAAUGAAAUGACUUGUCUUUGUCCUAACUCACUACUGUUCAAAUGCAUGGGCAAAGGUCUUCUACUCAUGUGGCUUUCUAUGUCCAUUGAUUUUGGAAGACUAAAUCCAACUGCUGCUUAAAAACAAGCACGUUUAGGAAGGAAAAGAGUGUCCUAUGUCCCACAUUUGUGGGGUGGCGGAGAGACUGGCUAGAUGUGGUCCGUAGUGUAAACUUAAUUUCUUUUAACUUUAGUUUUAUCGUGUCGCUGUUUGUUUAUUAAAUACAGCUAACUACUACUAGCCCACUGUAUGUAGACAGUCACCUGGAGGCAGACCAGAGUUUUGUCUUAUGUAGAUGGCCUAGCAGGACAAACAAUCGUAGCCCUACUUUUUCUUUAAGUCACAUCUGGCUGCAAAAUAAUAUGACUGAAAACCAAACUGAGCCUGCCACUGUCACAUUUACUUUUUCAACCUCUCUCAGUGUAAACUGUAGGCUUGUGGAUGGUGUGGGAGAGUGUGGAGGGAAGGGUGGACAUUGUGCACCUUUCCUUAGUUUUAGCACAUAUGUUUUAUUACCAUAUCCAGUCUUUUAUAUGUGAAUCUUUCUCACGAUUGCCAAACUACACCGCUUUUCCCCCGUAAGUCUUCACAGUCUAAUUGCUACAAAACUCAGUGGUUUACUUCUUCCAAUGGCAUUUAUUUCACAAAGCAGUGGUUACAUUUGAGCUGUCUGUUGGUGAUGAUGUGAGUGGGGGUUGGGGUGCUGGGGGACUGAUCUGUAUGAGAGGAGAUGCCGAGUUGUUACGGGAUCAAACUCCAAAAAAUCAAUGAAGGCUUUGACUCUCAACUGUCGUUGGUCUUUGGCUGAAAAGUCUGUAUUCAAUUCACUGUUUGUAAAUUUAUUCUUUCUAUUAAUCUGGGGAGGAAAUGUUUUCCUGCUCUCAGAAUGCUAUGAAACAGUCCACCUGCAUACUUUUAUGUUCUGUAAAUAAAAUCAGUUGAUUAAUAAA